GUUAUGAGAUGUAGAGGCGUGGAUAACUAUGUUAUCGGAUGUAGAGGCGUGGAUAAGUAUGUUAUCAGAUGUAGAGGCGUGGAUAACUAUGUUAUCAGAUGUAGAGGCGUGGAUAACUAUGUUAUCAGAUGUAGAGGCGUGGAUAACUAUGUUAUCAGAUGUAGAGGCGUGGAUAACUAUGUUAUCAGAUGUAGAGGCGUGGAUAACUAUGUUAUCAGAUGUAGAGGCGUGGAUAACUAUGUUAUCAGAUGUAGAGGCGUGGAUAACUAUGUUAUCAGAUGUAGAGGCGUGGAUAACUAUGUUAUCAGAUGUAGAGGCGUGGAUAACUAUGUUAUCAGAUGUAGAGGCGUGGAUAACUAUGUUAUCAGAUGUAGAGGCGUGGAUAACUAUGUUAUCAGAUGUAGAGGCGUGGAUAACUAUGUUAUCAGAUGUAGAGGCGUGGAUAACUAUGUUAUCAGAUGUAGAGGCGUGGAUAACUAUGUUAUCAGAUGUAGAGGCGUGGAUAACUAUGUUAUCAGAUGUAGAGGCGUGGAUAACUAUGUUAUCAGAUGUAGAGGCGUGGAUAACUAUGUUAUCAGAUGUAGAGGCGUGGAUAACUAUGUUAUCAGAUGUAGAGGCGUGGAUAACUAUGUUAUCAGAUGUAGAGGCGUGGAUAACUAUGUUAUCAGAUGUAGAGGCGUGGAUAACUAUGUUAUCAGAUGUAGAGGCGUGGAUAACUAUGUUAUCAGAUGUAGAGGCGUGGAUAACUAUGUUAUCAGAUGUAGAGGCGUGGAUAACUAUGUUAUCAGAUGUAGAGGCGUGGAUAACUAUGUUAUCAGAUGUAGAGGCGUGGAUAACUAUGUUAUCAGAUGUAGAGGCGUGGAUAACUAUGUUAUCAGAUGUAGAGGCGUGGAUAACUAUGUUAUCAGAUGUAGAGGCGUGGAUAACUAUGUUAUCAGAUGUAGAGGCGUGGAUAACUAUGUUAUCAGAUGUAGAGGCGUGGAUAACUAUGUUAUCAGAUGUAGAGGCGUGGAUAACUAUGUUAUCAGAUGUAGAGGCGUGGAUAACUAUGUUAUCAGAUGUAGAGGCGUGGAUAACUAUGUUAUCAGAUGUAGAGGCGUGGAUAACUAUGUUAUCAGAUGUAGAGGCGUGGAUAACUAUGUUAUCAGAUGUAGAGGCGUGGAUAACUAUGUUAUCAGAUGUAGAGGCGUGGAUAACUAUGUUAUCAGAUGUAGAGGCGUGGAUAACUAUGUUAUCAGAUGUAGAGGCGUGGAUAACUAUGUUAUCAGAUGUAGAGGCGUGGAUAACUAUGUUAUCAGAUGUAGAGGCGUGGAUAACUAUGUUAUCAGAUGUAGAGGCGUGGAUAACUAUGUUAUCAGAUGUAGAGGCGUGGAUAACUAUGUUAUCAGAUGUAGAGGCGUGGAUAACUAUGUUAUCAGAUGUAGAGGCGUGGAUAACUAUGUUAUCAGAUGUAGAGGCGUGGAUAACUAUGUUAUCAGAUGUAGAGGCGUGGAUAACUAUGUUAUCAGAUGUAGAGGCGUGGAUAACUAUGUUAUCAGAUGUAGAGGCGUGGAUAACUAUGUUAUCAGAUGUAGAGGCGUGGAUAACUAUGUUAUCAGAUGUAGAGGCGUGGAUAACUAUGUUAUCAGAUGUAGAGGCGUGGAUAACUAUCCCUAAGUGUUUCGUUUAUUGGUACUUGGAAACUGACAGAAGCAAUACUGGACCGUGAUAUCAAACUGUACCC